GAAGAGGGACAGAGAAGACCGAGGGCUGGAGGAAGGGGAAAGCCGAGGAGAGCCAUCGCGGGUGUAGAAAGCGCUGCACUCGGCAUUGCAAUAAAAAUAAGACCCACGCGGGACGCAUGCGCACGGCCAACGGAGGCAAGACGGCCGGAGCUUCCCCAGCCGCUGGCGGGGCGGACAGUGGGACCCCCAUGGGAUCUGAACGGCUAGAGAUGCGGAAGCGGCAGAUGCCUGCUGCCCAGGAGACCCCGGGCUCUGCCCCGGGCCAGCAUGGAGUGGGGAGUCGAGGGUCCAAUGCCUGCUGCUUCUGCUGGUGCUGCUGUUGCAGCUGUUCUUGUCUCACUGUUAGAAACCAAGAAGAUCAGAGACCCUCAAGGGCUUCCUACGAACUCAGAACAGAAGACCUUCCAACCUGUGAAGAAAGCCCCACCCCUACUCUGGAAGAAGUCAACGCCUGGGCCCAGUCAUUUGACAAGUUAAUGAUCACCCCAGCGGGAAGAAAUGCCUUCCGAGAAUUCCUUCGAACAGAAUUCAGUGAAGAAAACAUGCUUUUCUGGAUGGCCUGUGAGGAACUGAAGAAAGAAGCUAAUAAAAAUAUUAUUGAAGAGAAAGCAAGGAUAAUAUAUGAAAACUACAUUUCCAUUCUUUCUCCUAAAGAGGUCAGCUUAGACUCCCGAGUAAGAGAAGUCAUCAACAGAAACAUGGUGGAGCCCUCCCAACACAUAUUCGAUGACGCUCAACUUCAGAUUUACACCCUGAUGCACAGAGACUCAUAUCCCCGGUUCAUGAACUCGGCCCUCUAUAAGGAUUUGCUUCGGUCCUUAUCUGAGAAAUCCGUGGAAGCAUAGGAUUUUCAAAUAUAUUUAUUAUUAAUAAAAUAAUCAAAGAACUCAUGGACUAUGUCUAGCACAGGGAAUUUAGAGGUAGUUAUAUCUUCUGCUGGAGUAAUACUCGGGCUAUUUUAAUAACAGAUGCUUCCUUGACUGAUGGUUAUAUAUUCACAAUGUAAACUGCAGCCACCUUUAGUGAUACUUUGAGAAAAAAUGGGAUAUGGCUGUUUUAGAAAGAUAGUAUAUCUACAUUUACAAUAAAAGUAGCAUGUUCUCAAUGGCAGAGGAGACACUGGAAGACUCCAUGCUGCCUGGAACAUGAACAUCCGCAGGAGCAAACAGGUCCACUUUUGUUCUGCAUGAAUUAAGUAACCGAUUACUCUCCCUCUGAAAGAAAAGACAUUCAAGUGUUUCUCAGCUAUCCCUUCCAUCAAGCUCGAUCUGAAUACUUCCUUCUCAAUGCCAUUACAGGAUCCAAAUUCACGUUUUAUAAAGAUGUGACCACUGCUUGUAAUAAUGGUAUCCCACGUUGUCUUAGAGUAUGUACGUAUGUAGAUACAUGUAUGUGCAUGUGUAUCUACACAUGGUUAAUGAAAGCACCAUGCUCUUAAGUGGAUUAGUCUCCAAGUGUUUGUUUGGUAAGAGAAUCAGUGCUUAGAAAAUUCUUUUGUUAAUAAGAGUUACCGUUAUUUUAUUAUCAGAAUUUGCCAACCUAAAGAAUGAAUUUUUAAUUUCACAACUUGGUCAUGUUCACAACAAAACUUUCAAAUAAGCAUACUUUCAUUUUUAUUAUUGAAAGAAAUAUGGGCAUUUUCACUUUGAAAAACAAUAAAGCACAAAACUUUUAUCUCAAUCUUUUUUUUCAUAUGUAAAUAUUUGGGAUAUAUAAGAUUAAAUAGGGAUACAUGCAACA